AUGCUUCUCUCACGGCGAUCGGUCCUCUUCCUCGGCUUCUGCUUCUUUUUCGGCUUCUAUCUUACGGCCCGAAGCCUGUCACAGCCAUGGCAUAAAGCCUCGCAAGUCGUGGGUCUGGGCGACUUUUAUGCCGGUUACCCGUCUAGCAACUGGACGGGGACGUUCAAUCACAGCUACAAUCAUGAUGAGAAAACGCUGUACGCCCCUCAGCCGAAUUUUGUCCCUGGAAUCGCCAAACCACCUGGCUCGGAAUAUACAAAGAUGCUGGUGGUCCCGCGGACCAAAAAUGAGGACAUCAGUUGGAUUGAGAAGGAGCUUCCAGGGUGGAAGACCGCUAUUUACGUCGCCGACGAUCCCAAGGCGCCUCUCCACCCGCCGAAGAACAAGGGCCAUGAAGUGAUGAUCUACUUGACCUACUGCAUCGACUUUUACGACGAACUCCCCGACGUGGCGGUGUUUAUCCACUCGCACCAAGAAGCCUGGCACAAUGAGGAAAUCUUUGGCGGCGACACGGCUGAAAUGCUCCGUCGUCUCAGCCUGGACCGUGUCACCCGAGAAGGUUACAUGAACACUCGCUGUAGCCACGGUCCUGGGUGCCCCGAUUGGAUGCACCCGGGUGCUAUUAUUGAAGACGAGUCCAAGCAGGAGGAGGUGAUGCUUGCCCGGGCCUGGGGCGAACUGUUCCCCGACGAGCCGGUCCCGUCGGUCCUGGCGCAGCCGUGCUGCGCCCAGUUCGCUCUAUCACGGGAUCGCAUCCGUACUAUCCCACGUUCGCGCUUCAUCUUUUAUCGCGACUGGCUUCUGCAGACAGACCUAAGUGACUACAUUGCCGGCCGUAUCUGGGAAUACCUCUGGCAGUACGUGUUCACCGGCGAGCCGGUGGUCUGUGUUGAUGAAAGCGUGUGUCUUUGUGAUGGCUACGGAUUCUGUUUCGGCGGUCCCGCCGAAUACCAGAACUGGAGGGUGCUCGACGACGAGAAGAAGGAUUUGCAGAAAGAGCUCGAGGACUGGAUCUUUUUGGAAGAGGAUUUCCAGUUUGCACAGGCCAGCGACGAAUUAGAUGAAACCCAGGACCUCAAAGUCCCACCGCCUGGCCGCAAGAGUCAACUCCAGGAUAUGGUGAUGGAAAAGGACACCGAGGUCUCGCAGAUCUUAGCUGCUGCAAUAGAUCGCGGUAAGAACCCUAAAUACCGCGCCGAGGAGGCUGGCCGGCCUUGGAACGCCGGUGAUAGCUUCUAG